GAGAGGGGGAGGGUCAGUCUCAGGCCGGGAGCAGCCGGCGCAGAGGCCUCUGGGAAGCAGGAAGUGAAGGUAGCUCCUCCCUCCUCCUCCUCCCCUUCCAGAGAUGUUCCCACUUUGGCCCCUUUACGGGCCGUAGAACUCCCUCCGCGCCGCGCCUGGAGCCUCGCCUCUGCUUUAGGCGCCCCAAGUACAGUCUAUUGAAGCUAAGCAGCCAGCAAUGACCAGAGAGAGGGUGGAGAGUGAUAAAGAGUUCAGGAGGGCUUCCUGGAGGAGGCGAGAUUGUUCUUUGGACUGUAGGAAAGCCAGGGAGGGCCGUGGUGUGAGCGGGGGAGGAACAGCCAGAGAAGGUGCUCCUGGCCAAGAGGCUGGGAGCCUGGAGUGCCCGGGAUGGCCCUGCAGACGGACAGACUCCCAGCCCAGGAGGUGGUGACGUUCCAGGAUGUGGCUGUGGACUUCACGCGGGAGGAGUGGCGCCUCUUGUCCCCUCCCCAGAAGGAGCUGUACAAGGAGGUGAUGCUGGAGAAUGCCCGGAACCUGCUCUCUGUGGGAGAGAUCAGAUCUGAAAUGAAGGUGAAUCCAACAGAAGGAAGCCUUCCUUUGGAUGAAAUGGACCUACAAAGAUUCAUGAGUGAUGGCCUUGAUAACGUUGCUUCCAGGGAAUUCUGUGUUGCACCUCAAAAUUCAUCCCAUAAUGAAUAUCAAACAAUGUACACUGAGGAAAAAUCUAUUGAAAGCAAUCAGUGCAGAGAAACUGUUAUGCACAGGGCCAGUCUCUUUGGACAUCAGAGGAUGCACACUGGGGAGAAACCUUAUGAAUGCAAGCAAUAUGGAAAGACAUUCAGUCAUAGCUCUGGUCCCGUUAAUCAUCAGAGGAAGCACAUUGGGGAGAAACCUCAUACAUGCAAGCAGUGUGGAAAAACUUUUACUAAGAGGUCAGGUCUAGUUUAUCAUGAGAGGAUGCACACUGGGGAGAAACCUUAUGAGUGCAAGCAAUGUGGAAAGACAUUCAGGCAGAGCUCUGAUCUUGGUGUACAUCAGAGGCUGCACACUUGGGUGAAACCUUAUGAAUGCAAGCAAUGUGGAAAGGCAUUCACUCAGAGCUCUCAUCUUGCUUCUCAUCAGAGGGUUCACAGUCGGGAGAAACCUUAUGAGUGCAAGCAGUGUGGAAAGAGAUUCAGUCAUAGCUCUGGUCUUGCCUUACAUCAGAGGCUGCACACUGGGGAGAAACCUUAUGAGUGCAAGCAAUGUGGAAAGACAUUCAAUCAGAGCUCUUAUCUUGCUUCUCAUCAGAGGGUUCACAGUCGGGAGAAACCUCAUGGAUGCAAGCAAUGUGGAAAGACAUUUAGGCGGAGCUGGGUUCUUGCUAUGCAUCAGAGGACCCACACUGGGGAGAAACCCUAUGAAUGUAAGCAAUGUGGAAAAACAUUCACUCGGAGCUCUAGUCUAGCUUCUCAUCAGAGGCUGCACACUGGGGAGAAACCUUAUCAGUGCAAGCAAUGUGGAAAGACAUUCAGGAGGACCUCUGAUCUUGCUUCUCAUCAGAGACUGCACACUGGGGAGAAACCUUAUGAAUGCAAGCAAUGUGGAAAGGCAUUCACUCAGUGGUCAGGUCUAGCUUGUCAUCAGAGGAUGCACACUGGGGAGAAACCUUAUGAGUGCAAGCAAUGUGGAAAGACAUUCACUCAGAGCUCUGGUCUUGCCGUACAUCAGAGGCUGCACACAGGAGAGAAACCUUAUGAUUGCAAGCAAUGUGGAAAGCCUUUUACUUAUUCGUCAGGUCUAGCUUAUCAUCAGAGAAUACACACUGGGGAAAAACCUUACGAGUGCAAACAAUGUCAAAGGACAUUCAGUCAUAGCUCUGGUCUUGCUUAUCAUCAGAGGACCCACACUGGGGAGAAACCUUACGAGUGCAAGCAAUGUGGAAAGACAUUCACUCAGAGCUCUGCUCUUGCCGUACAUCAGAGGCUACACACUGGGGAGAAACCUUGUUAAUUCAAGCAAUUUGGAAAUACAUGCAAUCAGACCUCUUUCUAUUGUGUGAAAGCAAUUUAUACUCCCCAUUUCCGGGGUAGUAUUCCUAGUGUGAGUCUAAACUUGAAUUAGGCGAGGAUUAUGUGAUGGAAAUCAGAGUUAAGGUGGAGUGGCAGCAAUAGAACAAUCAUGAGAUGAUUGCAGAGUGAUAUCCAGUUCAUCGGUCCCACUGGACUGUCCACCUGGGUGGCCAAGUCAAAAUAGAAAGCCAUGGUUGACUCCUUAGGUGAAAUUUGUGCAUUAGUGGGCUGAGAAAUUGUUUGAUCAAUUCAGGCAAUGGAAGAUAUCCAAGCUUUUAGUUUUGUUCCUGGAUAAACUUUCCUUUGAGCAUGUUUAGGGCACCUUAAUGGUAUCCACAGAAUAACAAGCUAAAUGGAGUAAUGAGGAAAGUAUCUCUCUCCUCUUUUUUCAUUCCCCCUUAAUACCUUAGAUUAAACAAGGUGAUGUUAGAGCCAGUCUCAUAAUCUUUCCUCUUAUAGUAUAUACCUCAGAAACCAGGCAUUCAAUACUUGGAGCUCUCAACUUGCUCAGAAUCAGACAGUUUACUCUGUUCUGUCAUAGAGACUCCUAAGAUUAAUGUAAAGAUUCAAAAUAUUAAAAUACAUAAAUAUUAAAUAAAUUAAGAAAACCAUAAAAUAUAUAAAAAUGUGGUCUUCUAAAAUUAAUAAGUCUCAAUUUAAAAUUAGGUUUUAUAGUAGUUUAUUUACAAAAGGAUAGAAUAAAAGUAGAGAAAUGAGAAAGGUCAGAGUAAGAAAUCUAGCUUAACGAGGUUGACUAUUUGCCCCAGUCCUGGUUUUACUCAGGAUGGGCUAAUUAGUCCUCAACUGGAGGGCCUUCAACCUUCAGCGAAGGGCUGGUGUUGAACAAAACAAAGGCUCUAUCAAUGAAGCCUUUUCCAAGAUGGAGGUCUUUCCAGAGGGUUGUUGCUCCGGAAAACCAGGAAAAGGAGUCAGCCUUUUCACGUAUCCACUCUUUAUUCCCAAGGGAAUGUUCAAGUGCUGCCUCAACAAUGUCAAUCUCAGGUCCACAAGGCAGAUCCUUUCACCAGCCUCUAGCUUGAACUCCAAACUCCAAAGAACUACUCAUAGAAAGCUGCAACUGCUUUUAAUGACAUUUCUUUGAGUUUCUUCCUGUGCAUUCCUUCUACUUUAUGUGUUCCAGUUGAACCUUUAGCUUUGCUUAGGACUGCCCAGAUGACAGUCAGUCAUUUCUGAUUCAUCACCCACUUUAGCACAGGUGGGUCACAGAUUUCCUCUACUUAAAGGUAAAAAGGCAUGUAUGCACCUCUGUGAUUAACAAUAAAAUAAGCCUGGGAUAGCUAAUCCCCUCUUCACAAUUCACCUUGUGAACUUUUAGGAGACUAGUCUCCCUAAAUGAUUAACAUAAACAGCUUAUACCUCUAAAAAUCUUCUAACUAGCAGUGUAUACAAUAUUGAGCCUUCUAAAAGGAAACUAAAAUAGAGAUAAACGGAAAAUAGGGAGAGUAAAACCAGUGUUUUCUAGUCAUAUUGACAAAAAGUCAGUAGGGGGAAGUCCCCUUUGGCAUAAGAGUGUAUAUUAAAAAAUGUGUUCAACACCCUUCAGUUCAAUAAAUUGCACCCCAAUGUUUAUUCUGGGUCUUUUUGAUGUAGUGUAGGUCUCUGCAGUCAUCUUUCUCCAAACAGUUCAUUUUCUGGAAUCAAGGAAUUAGGUUCUUUUCCUGAAAAUUUUCCCAAACAAUUUUAAAUUGUAGGUUUUAUGAAAAAUACUAUCUUGCUGAUGAGGGUGUUGACCAAUACCAGAAUCAAUUCAGGACACAUGGUUCAGUUAUGGUUUUUUAUGAGUCAUUUUAUCAAAAGAAAAGCCAAAAACAUGAAAAGAAAAACCCGUAGAAAAAUUUUUUGCAGAAAGAGAAUUCAAACUAGGAAUCAAAAUAUAAAAAAAUCUACGUAUAUAAAAUUUUCUUACUAUGUAAUGAAUUUGUAAUAGAACUUUGUAUUAUGGUCCAAUUAAAGUAAUUUUGGUCCUACA